AUGAGAGUUUGGUCUUUACUUCUUAACGCAGCACAGAUAUUGGAAGCAGUUGAUAACGGACCCAGUGACUGCUUUUUAGAUACCACCAAGUUCAGACCAAUAAAUGACACACAUAUAUCGCUCUCACUCCUCCAUAUUAGCGCUGUCAACAAUACAGUAAUGGCCAACUAUACAUAUGAGGUAACAAGACAAGCUUAUGAUGAUUUCAACAAUCAGUGGCGCAUUAAUUUCUAUUCCGCGAGAGGAAUUAAUUUGACUGCGCUAGAACCUGAAGAAAUCGACAGUUUCAACAAUCAGUUGCGCAUUAAUUUCUAUUCCGCGAGAGGAGUUAAUUUGACUGCGUUAGAACCUCAAGAAAUCGACAGUUUGCAGUUAGAAAAACCAGCACCAUAUAAUCCUGAUAAGGCUAAAUAG